GCUUUGCUUUUGGCUGUGCACAAUUUCCCAGACUGAUGUUAGCUUAUAGAAGAUCAAGGAUCUUAAAAACUCUAACUUCCAAGUCGGCUUCUCUUUUUUCGGUUUUCCAGAGCUUCUUUUCAACCACUGCUACUUUGCAGGCAGAUUAUUCUCAUGUCGUGGUUGGUGGUGGAGCAGUUGGUCUAGCAGUUGCUUCCAAGUUAUCUGAAAACCCUUCCAACUCUGUUUUGGUUGUUGAAAAGAACUCAAAAAUUGGACAGGAGACCUCAUCGAGAAAUUCUGAGGUGAUCCACUCUGGAAUAUAUUAUCCAAUUGAUUCAUUGAAGUCAAAAUUAUGUAUUCGUGGUAAAGAUUUGAUUUAUUCUGAGGCAUUGAAGAAUGGCGUUGAAAUGGAUAAAUGUGGGAAAUGGAUUGUUGCUCAAACUGAUAAGGAAGAUUCAUAUUUAGAAAAUUUGCAUCUUAAAGCAAAAGAGUUGAAUGUUGAAACCCAGUUUGUCCCAUUAUGGCAAACAAAAAUGAUGGAACCAUCUAUUAACGCCAACAGAUCGGUUUUAAACUCCCCUUCUACCGGUAUUAUAAAUGCUGAUUCAUUGAUGAAUUAUCUUCUUGGAAAAUUUGAGAACAAUAGUGGAGAUUUAGCAGUACAUGGAAAAGUGAUUGGUUUGUCAUUUGAAGGCAAUGAAUAUAAAAUCACUGUUGACUCAACUGAAUAUUCGGAUUCAAGUUCAUCUCAAAUCACUCAAAUUUCUUCAGAAAAUUUGAUAAAUUCUGCUGGUUUGAAUGCAGUCGAAAUAUCUAAUUUAUUACUACCUGAGUCAAGGCAUUUAAAGGCCUAUUAUGCUAAGGGAAAUUAUUUUUCAUUCAAUAGAAAUUUUCCAAAGGUUUCAAGAUUGGUUUAUCCAGUACCAAAUGCAGGUUUGUCAUCUUUAGGUACUCAUUUGACAAUUGACUUGGGAGGAAAAAUAAAAUUUGGUCCAGAUAUUGAAUGGAUUGAGAACCCAACUAAUUAUAAUGUAAAUGAUAAAAACAUUGAAACCGCAUUUAAUGAAAUUAUAAAAUAUUUCCCUAAUAUAAUGAUUGAGGAUUUAACCGCGGCCUACAGUGGAAUAAGACCAAAAUUAAAUGAUCCUAAUGAUCCAAAUACAAAGGGGAAAUUUCAGGACUUUGUUAUAAAAAAAGAGGAUGAUUUUCCGGGUUUUGUUAAUUUAUUAGGCAUUGAAAGUCCCGGACUAACUUCUUCAAUGGGUAUUGCUGAGUAUGUUUAUGAUUUAUAUCAUAAAUAGUUUAUUAUUUAUAAUGAAAAAAAAAAUAAUAUUUCUUAUAGGAAUUUAAUACAAUAUUUGUCGUGUUGAUUAAAAGCGGC